AUGGCCUCCCAAUCACAGUCGUUGAAUGACACUGAUACCAUCAAUUGGAACAACAACAGCAGCGGCAGAAACAAUGUCCCAAUAUCAGAGCAUCUCUCCCUCGAGCUCACUCCCAGCAGCAUCCCGCCUCCCCAGUCUCUGGCCUUUGAGAUUCCCUUUAUAUUCACUCUAUGCAUGGCUCAGCUCUUGGCCCAGGCCGGGUUAGGCCAGUGCAUUGCUCCGUUACACAUCAUUGGAAACAGCUUUGGCACUCAAGAUGCUGGCCAGCUCAGCUGGAUGCCCGCUGCUUACAGUCUGACGGUUGGAACUUUCAUCCUCAUCGCGGGCCGCAUGGGCGAUCUCUUUGGCCACAAGAUCAUCUUCAUCAUUGGCUUCUGCUGGUAUGCCCUCUGGAGUCUCCUGGCCGGCGUCAGCGUCUGGUCCCGGUCCAUCAUCUUCUUCGACGUCUGCAGAGCCUUCCAGGGCAUGGGGCCUGCCUUUGCCGUGCCUUCUGCCGUGGCCAUCAUCGGCCGCACGUAUCCCCCCGGCAGGAAGAAGUCUAUGAUUUUCAGCAUGUUUGGCGCUACUGCUCCGGGUGGCUUCGUCGUUGGCGCUGUCUUUUCAUCCAUCUUUGCAGAACUGGUUUGGUGGCCCUGGGCAUAUUUUGUCAUGGCCAUGGUAUGUGCUUUGGUCGCGUUUGCUGGCACCAUCACCAUCCCAGCAACCCCUGGCGCCGUGAAACUGCGAUCUGAAGCACCGCUAUGGAAGAUCAUUGAUGUCCCAGGAGCUGCGGCAGGCGUUACCGGCCUAAUCCUCAUCAAUUUUGCCUGGAAUCAAGGUCCUGUCGUGGGCUGGCCGACUGUAUAUGUCUAUGUGCUUCUGAUUGUUGGGUUCCUCUUCCUGGGCCUGUUUGGCUGGAUCGAGGUGCGCUCCGAAUUUCCUCUGCUGCCGACAAAACUGUUUAGCGGCUCCUUGGGAUUCGUCUUGGCUUGCGUGGGCCUCGGAUGGUCCAGCUUUGGUAUUUGGCUGCUCUACCUAUGGCAAAUCCUUGAGCAGAUCAGGGGUUAUAGUCCUCUCGAAGCCAGCGCGCAGUUCAGCACGGCCGCCAUCUCUGGAGCGUGCGCAGCUUUCACUACCGGUCUCAUCCUGGGCAGAGUGAGGCCCAGCAUGGUGAUGAUGGCGGCGAUGACGGCUUUUACCGUCGGAGGAAUCCUGGUAGCAACAAUGCCUCCUCAUCAGAUUUACUGGGCUCAGACAUUUGUUGCAAUCAUUGUCAUGCCUUGGGGAAUGGAUAUGUCGUUUCCCGCCGCCACGAUUAUCCUCAGCGAGGCUUUGCCAAAGGAACACCAGGGCCUUGCUGCCUCCCUCGUCAACACCGUCAUCAACUACUCCAUCUCCAUCGGCCUCGGCAUCGCAGGCACGGUGCAAUCUCAGAUCAGCCCCGGGACCACAGAACAAGAAAUACUGAAGGGCUGCAGAAGUGCGUUUUAUGUGGGCAUUGGCCUCAGCGGGCUUGGAGUUGCGGUAGCCGCGCUGUUUGUCCUUGACGAAAACAGGAAACAUGUCAAGGAGCGUCGUGGGGGAAGGGAGUGAAAGAAAACA